AUUUGAUAAAAAAUCAGAUGUAUAUAGCGUUGGUGUUCUUAUGUGGGAAAUAUCUAGUGGUUAUCCACCCUUUAAAGAUGAUGUUGAACAACAUCAGCUUGCAUCAUUAAUUCUAGAUAUUAAAGAUGGC